AUGACAGCCUUCACGCUCGGCCUUAUAACAGCCUUCACGCUCGGCCUUAUCACAGCCUUCACGCUCGGCCUUAUUACAGCCUUCACGCUCGGCCUUAUGACAGCCUUCACGCUCGGCCUUAUUACAGCCUUCACGCUCGGCCUUAUUACAGCCUUCACGCUCGGCCUUAUUACAGCCUUCACGCUCGGCCUUAUCACAGCCUUCACGCUCGGCCUUAUUACAGCCUUCACGCUCGGCCUUAUUACAACCUUCACGCUUGGCCUUAUGACAGCCUUCACGCUCGGCCUUAUAACAGCCUUCACGCUCGGCCUUAUCACAGCCUUCACGCUCGGCCUUAUUACAGCCUUCACGCUCGGCCUUAUUACAGCCUUCACGCUCGGCCUUAUUACAGCCUUCACGCUCGGCCUUAUUACAGCCUUCACGCUCGGCCUUAUUACAGCCUUCACGCUCGCCCUUAUUACAGCCUUCACGCUCGGCCUUAUUACAGCCUUCACGCUCGGCCUUAUUACGGCCUUCACGCUCGGCCUUAUGCCCACGCUCGGCCUUACGGCCUUCACGCUCUCAGCGCCGUGGUUUGCCAUUUGGUACGGCUGGGAGGAUGUCGUCGCGUUUGUCAAAGAGUGCUACAAUCAGCAUUCGUGA